UGUAUGUUUGAGCACUUCCUCCUGCACUUCCGUGUUUACUAAUCCACUUGUUGAUGAAGGAGUGAAUGAAAAAGGUGUUUAAAGUUGACUCAUUGUAAUGGCGGGAAUGUUUAUCGAGAAGUUUUAAAAGCAGUUAGUAGCUUGUUUUGUUGAGUAAGCGCCAUGUUAGGCUUGAGGGAAGCCGGCGUCCUCGGCGUCUCCGUGGCUGUGGCGGGGGGACUGGCCUAUGUCGCCUGGAACUACGCAUCCUUCUCCGGGGAGAAGAAGACCGACGAAAGUCACCCCGCGGAAGACAGCAAGGCAGUGGGAGAAAAGAGGAGUGGAAAUGCGGAAAAAACGGUUGUUGGUGCCGACGUGGAGCCUGUUGCUGCCGCCGAGAGAGCGCAGAAAGUAUCCGAGCAGCCCAGGCCAGUCAAGUCAGAGGGCACCCAGGUCCUGGUCCUGGGUCUAGAUGGAGCGGGCAAGUCCAGCCUGCUGUACUGCUUGGCCAUCGGCAGCCUGGAUGUGGACUUGGAGCCCACACAGGGCUUCAACGCUGUGUGCAUCAACAGGGAAGACCUGCAGGUGGACUUCCUGGAGAUUGGCGGGGGGGCGGAGCUAAGACCUCACUGGCACAGGUACAUGUCCAAGGCUCUGCUGCUGGUUUUUGUGGUGGACUCGUCCGCCCCGCACCUCUUCGCCGUCGCCAAGACGCUGCUACACGACCUCCUGACCCCUGACCCCGGCCUGCCGCUGAUGGUGCUGGCCAACAAGCAGGACCUCCCGGGCGCUUGCGGCAUCACCGACCUUCACGACGCGUUGGAGCUUUCCCACGUGGGAGACCGCAAGAUGUUCCUCAUUGGCACGUGCGUGAAGAAAGGGGAGGCGGAGCUUAGCUCCGGCGUUCGGGACGCGCGAGAGCUCAUCAUCCAGUUGGCCGGCUGCAAGUAAAAGUCACAAAUUCUUUUUAGUUUUAUUUUCUCAACAAAGCUGGAGUUUGUUAUCCAUCCAAAUCUUCAUUGGACCUUUUCACAACUUUGACAAAUACAUGAAUGAUGUCAUAUUAAUAUAAGCUUUUAUUUUUCUACCAAAACCUUUCAACACAAGCAAAUAUUUUUUACUUUCCUAAAAGUCUUUAAAGUACAUGACUUCAUUCUGACAUGUUUACUAGUUCUCUACUAUUGUUCCCUAAUACUCAUUCCAACCGCUAGGAGGCGCCAAAGUGCAAGGCAACACGCAGGGAAGAAAGCACACAAAACUUCUGGAAUGUAUUUUUACACCACUUUUCAAUAUUUCUUGACGAAUAAAGGGCGAUAUAUUUUUAGUCUUGUCACAUGUUUACUUAGAAAUAUUCAAAUAGUUCUCCCCAUGUAUACUUUCUUUGUACUUUGUGUGGAGUGUGUACUAUUACUGCAAAUGUUAACACUUUGAUAUUUUGGAAAUGUUGAAUAAAAAUGUUAACAAAAUCA